AUGGAGAUGUUGACGAGGAAGUUUAUAUGUAGAUUCCAAAGGGUUUUUCGAAGGAAAAUGAAACACGUGUGUGCCGUCUCCGCAAAUCUCUUUAUGGCCUUAAACAGGCCUCUAGAAAUUGACGAUGUAAUUAUCGUUGGAAAUAAUUUUGAACAUAUUCAAAGAACAAAGACGCAACUGGACGAAGAAUUUAGCAUCAAGGAUCUUGGCCCCUUGAAGUAUUUCCUUGGAAUUGAGGUCGUAGAAACCUCGGAUGGCUUGAUCUUGAGUCAACGAAAGUACACGUUAGACAUUCUAAAGGAUAGUGGAAUGUUGGGAUGUCGCCCUAGCGCUUUUCCUUUUGAUCAAGGCACUAAGCUCGACAAAGGUGAAGAAGAGGCUCGUAUAGAUGCCACUCAAUAUCGGCGGCUAGUAGGGAGGCUGUUGUACUUACAAGCCACUAGACCCGAUAUCACAUACUCAGUUAAUGUUCUAAGCCAGUUUGUUGCGGAACCAAGACGCAAUCACAUGGAAGCUGCCAAUCGAGUUCUCCGGUAUUUGAAAGGCACAUCGGGUCAAGGAAUCCUUCUCCCUCGUGAAGGACCUUUAACUUUGACUGCUUAUUGUGACUCAGAUUGGCUUGGGUGCCCGUACACAAGACGUUCAAGAACCGGGUAUUUGCUUCUCUUGGGUGGUGGUGCUAUUUCUUGGAAAACAAAGAAACAAUCGGUUGUCUCCCGCUCCUUAGCUGAGGCGGAAUACAGAGCCAUGGCUUCCAUGGUUAGUGAGAUCCUUUGGGUGAGAUGGCUUCUCAAAGAUUUCCAAGUCAAUAUUACGGCUGCUACACCUUUGUUUUGUGACAACCAAGGUGCUCGUCACAUUGCAAACAAUCCUGUUUUUCAUGAGCGUACAAAGCAUGUUGAAAUGGACUGUUACUUUGUUCGUGAACGUGUGGAUUCGCAGGAAAUUGUUCCUAUGCAAAUUGAUAGUAAACUACAGAUCGCAGAUUUACUCACUAAGGGGCUCGGUACUCAACAACUUAAUUCACUUCUUGACAAGAUGGGCAUUAAGGAUCUACAUGCUCCAUCUUGA